GCGCGAACUCGUUACAAACUUGUGACAAACUUGUGACAAUACGCACGAGAAAAAUUAACAUAAAAAAUAAAAUAAUUCAUUGAAGAGGAAAAACGAGCUUCAGCUUUCAACCCUUUGGUGGAUAUUCCACAAUUUCAAUGUUUUACGUGAAUUAUUUAUUUACCCGUAUAUAUUACAUACGCGCGUUUACAUAUGUACCACUUUGAUGUCGCAUUCGCUGUAUGUGCCAUUUGCAACCCGUUAUUAAGCAUUUUCGUUUUUGCGUUUUCGCGUUUUCACGCUUUUGCGUUUUUGCGCUUAUGCGAAGCAGCUCUGCCCUGGGGUUCCAAGCCGCUUCGCCACGUACGACGCGUUUGCGCGUAUAUAUGUAAAAUUCGUACCUAAACGUGCGUGUCAUUUACGUGGCCAUUCGAUUUAGGCUUCACUCACAGCUUUGUAAAAAGGGACGCAACUCUGUGUUCCGCUGUUUAUGCCACAUUUGCCUUAACAAUUUACGAAUUCUUUUUUCCUUUUUUUUUUUUUUAAAACCAUCUUGAGUUCGACAAAGCUGCAACAGCAUUAUUCGUACCCGUGUGCUUACACUUCCCGUUUGUAACAUCGAAUUUGAGGCGUGCCCGCCGGUUCGAGGCUCUGCAUGCGUAUGUACAUAUAUGUAUAUGUAUGUAUAUGUACGCAUAUAUAUUGCUGUUUAAUGCACAUAGAGGAACCACACAAACUGCAUGCGCUCCGCACGUUUGCAUAAACACUUACAUGAACGUGUGGGGACCUAUGUAAAAUUGCGUGCAUAAGCAUUCCCACGAACCGCGAAAAUCGAAACGGCUCAUCUUCAAAACCGCCACGUCAAUUUUAGUCCUAUCGCCCAUUCGACCCAGCGUUUUUUUUCGCGUUUUCCACCCCGUGCGCGUGUGCAUUUGUGCAUCCCCCUUUUUUGUUUUCCUUUUUUUUCUAUUAAAUGGAAUUGUAAUGAAUAUAACAAAAUACCUUCUGAUCAUCCUCCCCCUUAUCCUUUUAAAGUACCCCUCGCGGAAGGGACUCAUCAGCCAUGACAACGUUUUGUUAAGAAGUAACAUAAGGGGGGCACUGUUAAGGAGAAUUAUUAAGGAGGAAAAUGGCGCCAAGGGAAAAAGUGAAAAAGAAAAAGAAGAAGAGAGAGAAUAUGAAGAAUAUUUACAAAAUAAAGGAUCAUACGAAUUUGAUAAAGUGAAAUACAGAUAUAUGGACUAUGUAACUUUCACCAUUCAUAAAAGUUCCAAAAAAUACAAGCACUUGCUAAACGAGUCCUUAGUCUUCCUGGGCUCUCAGUACAGCACGGAUGAAAAAUUAACCUUUCACGUAAAAUUAAUUGAUAUUUUGUCCCUACUGUUUGUUCAUUAUAGAGACAAUUUGAGCACCUUCGACCACGUUAUAAAUAGCUUCCAAGACAGAAACAAGUUAAUGAAUUCUAUUGAAAAUGAAUUUUUCAGAGAAUUUAUCGACGAAAGGGACAACUACAUUUUCGAGGUGAAAAAUAUGUACUACAAGGUUGACCACAAGAAUGAAGAAAAGGAAAAAAUUUUAAGCAAAAAAAAAACAAUUUAUGAAAUAUUUUUAAAAAAUUGGAAAAAUGACGGAUACCGUUUUUACAGCAUGAAUAAUAAAAAAAAGGUUUACAUACCUAAAAAAAUAGAUCAUAAGAAAAAAAGAAAAAAUGAAACCCAGUAUAGUUUGCAGUGCCGCAAUUUGGUUUCCAGUCCGCAAGACUCAGAGGAGGGGAAGAAGGAGCCCAAUGGGAAGGGCCCUGAUAAGGGAUCCUCCACCCCUAGUGAGGAGACCAACUCGAAAGAGAAGCAAAACCAGGGCGCUGAUGCCAAGAAGUUGUCGCAUGUGGAGGACGACGUGGAGGAAGAAACGCACGAGGAGGUAGAGCAAGGAAAAAAGGGGGACACAAACAAAACGGAAGAAGCGGCAUCUGCAGGGAAGAAAGAUGCACAAGAGGAGAACGCCGCCGAUGAGUCAGACGAACUGUAUGACCACGACGUGUACGAGGAUGAAGCGAAUCGGGAGGCCCUCCUAGAAAGUUAUAACAACCAAAUCUGCCACGCUUCAGAGAUCGACCAAGGAGGUUCAUCCCCAUUGAGCAGAUACACAAAUGGUAUACCAGGCGUUACGUACAAAAUGAGAAAAGAUUUUUUCCUAAAUGGAAGUUCAUUCAAUGUCAUAACGCUGAUCAAUGCGAUAACGUCGAAUAGGGAUAACGCGACGGUGACGAAAUUGUAUGAAGCUUUGAGAAAAUUAGGAAUAACAACAUUUGACCAUCUGGUUAGAUACACGAACAUUAUAGGAAUCUUUUUUUCAUACGACAUUUUUGAUGAAUUAUAUUUACAAAUAAAAUUAGUGAAAGAAUACUUCGGACUCACACAGAAGAAGAAAAGCGACUUCGCCUUAGUGGAAAAGGUCGAGAGGAAGAAAAACAAGAAACGAAAGGCCUAUGGAGAAUACAAAAUGAGCGACGAUGAAAUGUUCGUACCGCCAAAUUGUCUGAGCGCAUACUGUAAUUUAAAAUCCGUAUGGAUGAGAAACAGAAAUGUAACAGUGAAGAUCGAAAGGACCUCUAGCAACAGCAUGAAUUUUAUGAUGUUAGGAGAUAUUGGGCAAGGGUUUGAGGAAGAAAAAGAUUUCGAUGUACAGAAUAUGCUGAACCUUAUGGGAUUUAAUGAAUUAAAAAGUACCGUACAGACGAUGAAAGAUUGGCAUUUUAAGAACAACGCUGAUUUUGUAAUAAAUUUAGGAGACAAUGUGCCAAACGAUGGAGCGAUGAAUUACAUGGAGAAUUUCCAGUGGCAUAAUUUAAUGAAGGAACUGUUCGUGUUCAAGAAAAGGAGUGAACAAGAAAUUAACAGCAUGAUGGGGCAUAACCCGCUCACCAAACAGAGCAUAAAAGAUUUUUAUAAUGAAAAAAUGAAAGAAAUGAAGGACGAUUAUAACAAUAGGCAGGUAGAAGACCAAGAAAUGAAGAAAAAAAAGAAAAAAUCGAAAAAGAAGAAAAAGAGUGCUAACAAUGAGGGGAAAGAAGUGGACUCUUCUUCCAGCCAAGAAGACUUUAGCCAUUAUGACAAUGACCGUAAGAAGUUGUACCAAUUUGAUGAUGAAGAAGAAUCGGAUGAAAAUUUUGAAGCCAUUCCGUUUUACUCCAUUUUGGGAGAAAAAGAUUACUUCUUCUUUCCAAGUGAACAAAUUCAGGAACACUACUCGUAUAGAAUCCCAGGCUAUUACAUGCCAAACAACUACUACUGCGUUAACUAUGAUUUUACGUAUAACAAUGUAGGGUAUAAAGAUAUAAUUAGCCAGGAGAAGUUCAGGGCUUCCUUCAUUUUUAUCGAUACAUGGUCUCUAAUGGUGGGGUUUCCUAUCAUAAGAAAUUACCGCUCCUUCCGUGAACAAUUCAAUUGGCUUAGUAAAACGUUAUACGAAAGCGCACAGAAUAGUGACUGGAUUUUCGUCAUAGGGCAUCAUCCUCUAAUUUCAAGUGGAAGACGAGCCGAUAACUACUCCUAUGAGGAACAUUCCUUCCACGACAUUUUGAGAGACUUCCUUUUUAAUUACAAUGUAGAUGGCUAUUUCAGUGCACAUGACCAUUUAAUGGAAUACAUCAAGUUUGGAAAUAUUGACCUAUUCAUCAAUGGCUCCUCCUCUAGGGUUAUGUUUGAUAACUCCAAUAUGGGCAGAGGUUAUUUUGGCAAAGUGAUAGGAAAGCUAUACCCAGUCACUUGCUACAUUCUGAAAACCAUCCAUCGGGGAUUGAAGCCCAAAGGCUGUAGCGUUAAUAGGUAUUCCAAAUGGUCAAACAAGGCAGAUAUAGGGUUCAGCACACACAGAUUGACCAAAGAUGAAUUCAUCACCGAGUUUAUUAACGGAAGAACGGGGAAACCACUCAGCCAUAAAAUUGUCCUGAAAAAUAAAAAAAGUGAAAGAAAAAAAUUCUACAAUUUGGAUGGGUACGCAGAUGAUAGAAUCGACGAAUUGGAAAAAAAAAUAAAAGAAUUUACACUAAACAAUCCAGAUUUGAUAAAAUAUAAAAUUGAAGAAUUUAACGAAAAUAUGAGAAAACUUAAUUUGAUUAUGAAGACUUUAAAAACGAAGGAAGAGAGUGAAAAUUUCAAGGAGCUACUCUUCCUGAAUAACCUAAUUUUUGACGUCUCCAAACAUCUUUCCGGGAUGACCUCCAAAAAAUUAAGAAGCAUGCACGCCCUUGCGGAAAAGUACUCCAUUUUUUUUAACAAAGAACUUGUCAACCACCUUGUCGUAGCGUUGGAAAAAGCGGUGCAGUCUGAAAAUAGCCAGUCGGACAACUUAAAUGAAGAAAUAGAUGAGGAAGAAGCUGAGAGGAGACUGAAAGAAAAACAGAAGAAACAAAAUGAGGAGAAAAAAACAUUGGAGGUUAUAGAAACCUUGGGUUAUAAGCCUGAACAAUUUUUAGAAAAGUACGACAAUAUGACGAAAGAGGAGAAGGACCUCUUGAAGGAGAAAGUUGGGAAGGACGUUACGCUCGAGGAUUAUGUCAACCGAAUUAGGAUCUACGUGGAGAAGAAGAACUUAAGUGAAAGCGAUUUGGAGGCCAUGCAGGAGAAGGUGGACGCGGAGGAAGCUGGGCAUGCCGAGGAGGCAAAUGUGCAGCAGGGGGGGAGCGGCGAGAGAAGCAGCGAUGGUAGCAGCGAUGGCAGCAGCGAGAGCAGCGGAGAAGUCGCGCUCGUGAAGGACGUGCAUAAAACGCACCAGUAUUUCAUGUUUAAGGAAAAGGCCCUAUCCGAACAGAACUACAUUUUGAUGAUGCUCAGCGCUCUGAAAAUCCAUGACAAGAAUAAAUAUGCCCUCAAUAUGAGUACCAAAAAGGAAGACCUAAAAAGCAUUGCUUCGUCCAAUUUUCUCUACAAUAUAGAGAAUCACAAAACGUUCUUCCAGUUGUGCAUCGAGCUAGCUCCUGACAUUAAGAGGAUUAUCAGCAACCUUGGGGGAGUAGGACUGAGGCUGCCCUUUUUCAAGCUAAUGAAUAAGCUGUACGAUGAAAUAAUGAAGCUAAGGGACGGACUUGACCGAAUUGCAAAGUGA